AUGCCGCGAACUGAUGUAGGGUGCCCGUCCAGACGCGAGCCGGCUAGAUCUCCCCUCUCGAGGAGUUGGAGGGGAACCCGUGUACGAGAAUACAUUCCCCGUAUGCAAGACGCUAUCACCGACAGCUAUGCGCCUGUGCGAGUCGGCGUACAGGAUAUCGCCCGACCCCUGGUAGAUACCGCCUUGACGAGGCGCCGGAAUUUGUAUCGCACAGGAGUCGGAAUUUAUCUGGAGUCCAGCCUUGUAGACCAGUGCGACUCGGUCUGCCAACUCCUAACCGGUAAGGCAAGACAACCGGCCGACUUACGGCAGGAGUACAAUCGUAAGGAAGCUAGAGGGAGAGUGGAUGUCGAGGUCCGGAUGUGUCGUCCGGGCCGGUCCGCAGACCGAUCGCCGCAGAGCUUCAAGUUUCCGUUCUCUGUUGUCAAGCUCGAGAUAGCAAUGAUUGCGAUGCUGUUUUCAGCCUCUCACGGAAUUCGCAUCAAGGCAGUCAAUGGCAGCUUAAGCAGUUAUUCAUCACAUUCCUUUGACUGCUAUGGCCUUCACAGUUUAAAGUCACUGUCCAACUUCUCUUCCAAGUCGUAUUGGCCGCCGCCGCUCGUUCAUCAUCCAUCUUUGCACGACACCAGUGCCUCGCCCAUUGCAACUUGCUAA